CCGAGAAAACGUGUACUCGACCUUUCAGAAAUUAUUGCAAGUGUUGUUGAAAUUUUUUAGAAAAUUUGAGGGUCGUACUUUAAAUUUUACAGAUGUUUGUUUGAAAUUAUGGAAGAAAAAACGAAUGAACUGCUUUUUAAAGACAUCGAUGCAGAUGAUGAACCACAAACCAAUGCAGUGGAAAGUUUGUGCAUGAAUUGCCAUGAAAACGUGAGUCUAAAAAUUUUUACUAAAAUAAAAUAGAUAAAAUUAAAUAAAAAUAGGGUUAAUAUAUAUUUUACUCACCAGUUAAAACUUAAAAUGGUUUUCUUUCAAAAGCAUUAAAAUUUUAUUUAUCGCUGCAUGAUUAGUAUACAAUUGGUUUGUCUCCUUCACGUAGUUUUGAUCAAAUUUUGUACAGUACAGCUCUGUUUUAAGGUAUACACUCUUUAUUGAUUAACAAGCUAGAUCUUAGUAAAAAUUCUGCCUUUAAAAAUGCGAGAUAUAUGGGAUUUAACAAAGAUCACUGCUAGGAUCACUGCUAGGAUUCGAAAACGUAACUGAAAAAGUGUUUCCUAAUAUUAGCUUGUGAAACGUGAUGUUCUUGAUUUGCAGCUAUCUUGCUUGUAAUCUAAGUUUCAUUUUAGUUUUCUCAUUAAGAAUUGGAAGUACUGUCGCUUUAUUGUGAAAAAAAAGGGGGGAAAUCAUCUCCAAAUGAUACAUGCAGUCUUGGACUGAAAUGAUGUGUGAAAGUUUGGAGUUCAAACAUCUGUGUUUAAAAUGGAGUUGAUAAACUCUUACAAGCCGACUGCAGUGACUAAAUUUUAAUAUAAUGGGGACAGGGUGGGGGGAAGGGGUGGGUGGAGAGGGAAAAGGGUGGUGAAAGAUAUGCCUAGUUUGAGAUGAUAGCAAUUACAUGUAUGUAUUCAACAGUUAUUCCACUGCACAUUGGAUAUGAGCUGGUAAAUAAAUAGCCAACAAGGCACUUCGCCCCAAGCUGGCCAUAACCAAUCCUGAACAUUUGGAUAUAUGGAGCCUUGUUUUCAGCUCUACAACAGUUAGCCUAAUGCAUUUCUACCUGAGGUUACUCAGAAUAUGAGCUGAUAACUGGAAUUGAGUGAACCAAUCCACUCCCUUUUCAUCAGCAUUUCUCCAUCUCUUAAUUACAAUUGUCCUGAUGCAAAAUAAUCUAUCUUCAUUAGGGAACAACUCGAAUACUUCUCACAAGAAUACCAUUCUUUAGAGAAGUUGUUCUGAUGUCAUUUGAAUGUCCUCACUGCAGUUAUGCCAAUAAUGAAAUCCAGUCUGCAGGAAGAAUUCAAGAUAUGGGAUGCAACAUUAAGCUGUUGGUGUCCUCUCCAAAGGUGAUCUGUCAAAUUAACCCUUUAAACUCCCAUGAGUGACCAAGACAUAAUUUCUCCUUACAAUAUCAAUUCAAUAUCAACCAGAUAAGUGAUGAGAAUAUAGAAAAAUAUCAAUUUUGGGAUUACUAGUUGAUCCAAUACUAAAUUCUCUGAACUAACAUUAUAAGAAUUGUAUGGUGGAUAGUAAGGAGAAUGACAAAUUUGAUCUGGGAGUUAAAGGGUUGUGAAUAGAUUAAGUUCUACAUAGUCAAUGUAGUCAGCUCCAAGGUCUCAACCAGCAGUGACAAGUGGAUGAUUGGGUGGGUGAAAAAGCAAAGUUAUCCUCAUUUUUUUUUUUUUUUUUUUUUUACCUGACCUUUGGAAUGUCUUUUAAACACAUACCAAGGACCAGAGACCGAAAAAUCAAACUUAUGUUGUGAAAAUGAAGACUUUGUGGAUCAAUAUCAGUAUCUGGGCAACUGCCCACCUUCCCCUCCUCUAACCCAACAUUAACCUUAACUUGUUGUCAGUUGACUGUUGUUGAGUUAGGGGGGGGUGGGCGGUUGCCCAGAUACUGAUAUUGAUCCGACUUUGUUUCUCUGAUAGUUGAACAAAACAAGUCAGUGAGGGUCUUCCUUUUGUAGUUUGAGGAGGGCUUUCUACAAAAUGAAGACCCUUUCAAUUUUGUUUGUAGUUCUUAAAUCUUCAGUCUUUCAUUUCCAGUCCUCAUCAUAAGCAAACAGACCCUUGUUAUUUUGUGCUUGCCCACCUCUUUGGUUGUCUCCACUGGCCAUAAAUUUGACCUUACCUGUACUUUCUUGAACCCACUUAUUUUCUUGUAACCAUUGACUAGGUACAGACUUAACCAUUUACACCCUAACAUCAGUAUGCAUAUUCUCCAUACUGUUCUCUAUACAUUUCCAAGGGUGAUGACAAGGAGAAUUUGUUGGAAAAUCAAGAGCUUCUUUAGUUGGUGAUCAUUACUUUUAUUCUCAUGACCUUAAUGUUUCAUUCAGGGGUGAUUUUCUAAGGAGAAAUUAGAUGUUAGUCUCUCUCAAGGGUUAACCCUUUAACUCCCACAAGCGACCAAGACAGAAUUUCUCCUUACAAUAUCAAUACAAUAUCAAGCAGACAAGUGAUGGGAAUAAAGGAAAGUGUUAAAAAGAGGAUUAUUAGUUGAUCCAAUACCAAAUUCUCCAAACUAACACCACAAGAACCAUAUGGCAGACAGUGAGGAGAAUUACUAAUGAGAUCUUGGGAGUUAAAGGGUUAAGCUUAUAAACUAUGUUAAAUUUUUCACUAGUUGAAGAAUUUGCAAAUCAGUUUGAUCUUCAGUUCGAUUUUUCUCAGAUCUGUGACAAUUCACAAUUUACACCCUAACAUCAGUCUACAAGUUCUCCGUACUGGUCUCUAUACAUUUUUGAUGAUACCUAGAAGGGGAAUUUGUCUAAUAACCAAAAGUUUGUUAAGUUUCUGAUCAUUUCCUUUAUUCUUACAACCAUAAUAUAUGAUCCAAGGGUGGUACUUUUGGGAGAAAUUAGAUGCUUAUCAUUCUCAGGGGUUAAAGGGUUAACCGUAAUCUGAGACAAAGGAAAAACUGGUUUUGAGAAUUUGGAACUGGUUCUAGAACCUCUUUAAACUUUUUCGUGGACACUCACUCUUUGCGGUUGUCAAUUUUUUUUCCACAACACAACCAGGCAGCACACACCUAAAAUAUAUUUUAAAAGUUAAUUGUACACCUAAAGAACAUACUUUUAAUGGAAUAGCAGAUGUAGCAUUGCCCAAAAUGUGGGUAUUGUUAGUAUUGCAGUAAAAGGUGAUGAUAAGUUAUCAGUAUUGUACAUUAGAUCUUGAGAUAGUGAGUUGACUGAGUAGUAAUGUGUUUAUUUUUUAAUUUCUGUUUCAACAGGAUUUGAACAGACAGGUAGUCAAGUCAGAUUCUGCAUCAUUUACCAUUCCAGAGUUGGAGUUUGAGAGUCCUGCUUUUUCCCAGAAAGGAGGUAGCAAUGAUAUCAUCACCUUUGUUAAUUUUUUUUUCCAUAACUGUGUAAUCAGUGACUUGCUGGAAAUUGUUUAGGCAAUAUGUGUAUUUAAGAGGUACAGAGUGAAGUAGAAUCAUUCUACCACCUGAGGGGGGCUGUUUUUUUUUUUCUCUCAUGUGAGCUUUGAUACAAGUUACAUUUAAUUUUUACAUAUUUUUGUAGAUGAGUUUUGCUGUGAUUACUGAUCUUAUCAAAACAUGUUAAAUGCUUUUAUUAGGUUGCUAUCGACAGAAAGCAGUGUACAGACUUGCCCUUUUGUUUUGUAAUCUCUAAGUCUGCUUGUAAACUGAAUUUUCUUUUUUCACAUAGAACUCACCACCAUCGAAGGACUUUUAGGACGUGCUUAUCACUGCUUUGGAGCAAGAUCAGCCAGUUAGAAGGGUAAAUUAUUGAUAAAAUCAUUGAUAAUUCUAUACAUGUAAUCGUGGGCUUUACCUGGACUAGUUUGAUGCAAAGUAAACUGAGCUUAACAUGAUCCAAAUCAUGUGAAUCAGAGUAUGGCCAAGUAGUUAAGGCACUGUUGGUCCCAUGUUCAAGUCCUCCAUCCUGUUACUAGCUGGAUUUGUUUUUGAUUGCCCUGCAAUGGACACCUUGGCAGCAGUCUCAUCACAGCAAACUUGUCUGCCUCCUGUUAGUUGGGAAUUUUCAAACUCUAUGUUUAUUCACCAUGUUUAUGUACAGUCUGUUUGUAUUGGCCUUUAAAAGCCCCAUUGGGGGAGUGGUCAAUUAAUAUUAUUAUUAUUAUUAUUAUUAUUGUUAUUAUUAUAAUUAUUAUUAUUAUUUUUGUUGUUAUUAUUAUUACUACUAUUAUUAUUUGAAGAAAAAUCUUUAUUCAAUACUCAUAAAAAAGACCUAUGUACAGUGCUUCAGUUAAAAAGAAUUAAAUUUGUACCUCAACAUCUGUUAGAAAGAAAAGAAAAAAUCAAUGUCUCAAUAUCUCUUGAACUAUAAUCCACGAAAAUGUUUCUCUAAUAUUAUUAUUGUUGUUAUUGUUAUUAUUAUUAUUAUUAUUAUUAUUGUUGUUGUUAUUAUUAUUACUACUACUAUUAUUAUCGUUGUUAUUGUUAUUAUUAUUAUUAUUAUUAUUAUUAUUAUUAUUAUUGUUAUUAUCAUUAUCAUUUUCAUUAUCACUCCUACAAAGAUUGUUUGAAGCAUGGUCUACCUACCAGUAGUUGAGUCGAAGCACAGAAAGCAAAUCUAUUGCUCUGCAUCAAACAACACUCUGAAACAUUGCCUUGUAGGUGUAGAUCCAAUUUUUUUUCCUAAACACAAUAGCACCCCGCUAACUUGAAUUCCCAGGGGAAACCAAAAAAGAGGUUUGCUUUAGCAGGGGUUUGAGUUGGCUGAUCUCCCGGAGAGAUCGGACCUCUUUCGAGCUACCAGGGUUUCGAGGUAACAGCGUUCGAGUCAGUGGGGUUCUGUUGUACAAUACAAUAAUUAUAAGUUGUUACUGUACGUCAAGUCACCGAUUGAUUUUUGUAUUUCCAUUUGAAUUGUCAACAGAUCAUGGAUCCUGACAAUGCAGUGAAAAUUGAUGAUUUUGUGGCGCAGUUGACAAAAUGCCGCGAUGGAGACAGGAAGUUCACCCUUCACCUGGAUGAUUCAUCUGGCAACAGUUUCAUCGAAAAUCCACAUGCCCCUAAAGAAGAUCCACAGAUGACCAUGGUGUAUUAUCGCAGAAACGCAGGACAGAACGCCCAACUAGGACUUCAGCCAGCCAGUCAAACAGAGGAGAAACAGGAAGAGGAGGAAGAAGGUCAGAUAACAAGGUUUUCAUUGAGAAAUAUCAGUAGAAAAGUCACAGGAGAUUGAUAUCCAACUGUACGUAGAAGUGCACAGAUAACGCGCGAAUCCCGUGCAAAAAUCCUCUGUUUAUUUGGACUGUUGGUUAUUUUGUACUAGUGUUAUGUAAGACCUGUCAGAAACCGCUUCUCCAUUUGCUUAGCUUCUCCCGCCUCAUAAGAAAUGCAUAGUAAAAUUGAGUAGCCUUACCCCCAUAAAAAUAAUUCCUAAGCAUGUCAUUGAAAUAGGUUAGGUUCUCAGAGCAGGAAACAUAAAUAAAUGCAAGAGCGUCGCGAGUGUGUCCCUUGAGAAUUUCCCCCACCCUCCCACCCCUAAAAUUGCUGAUUAUCAACUUGCGACAACACAACCAACACAACCUUUGGUAGCAGCGUUUUUUUGCCCUUGGGAAAGUAUGAGCGAUGCGAGCUGGCGAAAGGUCUGUAAGCAGUCUAACACUGAUUAUUAGUGUCAGACUUCCGACCAGCCUCUUCCUUUCUCGUCUCAAAUCUUCUCGCGGGCGGAAAAAGGCGUGUCCAGCAACCGUGUAUCGUAGAGCUAAAUGUGCCCCAUUUGUCGCUCUCCUCCCCUCCAGAGCACGAGUCUAACUCAUUUCAGAUUUGUUGUUUUGACAAUCUUAAAUUAAAGCUUGAAAACUGAACAUGAUCAUGUAACAGUUUCUCUCUUACAGCUUGAUAUCAUUUGUUAGUAUUCACCUUGAUAUCAUUUGUUAGUAUGCAAAGUUUGACUCUGUUCUUUUCCACGUUCCCACACACAGAGGAAGGGCAAACAAAUGUAAAUGACGAGGUAAGAAUUGUUUCGGUUCCUUGUGCCCUGUUUUACAAUGUAAUACCGUGACAUAUAUUACAUGUUCUGUUGCCCCAGUAUGCUUAAGUACCCAGUAGGUCGAACAAUGAUGUUGAUUUCUACCGGAAUAAGCUCCAACGAAGGCCAGGUCCGUUAGCUUCCGGGUUAACUUUCUCUCUCCUCUUUCGUUGCUUUUUUGCAGGUGUUAAAUUUCCCAACAAAUUGUCCUUCGUGUAAUGCACCUACAGAAACCAGAAUGAAGCUUGUUGGUAUCCUCUUUUCUUACUGCCGUUUUAUUUGUUUUCAGUUUAAUGCUAUUGUUAGUACUUUCAAAUCAAGGUAGUUCGUUUACAUACCUCAACUGCUCGAUUAAUGUGUGACUGUGUGUGUGUCAUUCUGUCCCCUCGUUUGUCUCUCCGUUCGUUGGUCUCUCCACGGGUAUCCCUCUGCGUCCGUACGCCCCUGUGUUUUUUUGUCUGUCCGUCCGUACGUACGUGCGCUGGUACUUACGUCUGUCUCUUUGUCAUUUUGUCUUUGAUUUUUCCGUUGUACCUAUGUAAUAUAUACGUACAGUCAUCAACUUUCACCGUUCAUGAAAUUCUAUUCACUGUCCAUCACUUAUUAAACCGGAUUCACCUUAACCAGUAUAUCAGCUAUACCGCAUUUUAAAGAAGUGGUGAUUAUGGCGACCAAUUGCGAUGCUUGCGGGCAUAGGUCAAAUGAAGUCAAGUCUGGCGGUAAGUAACUGGUUCUUGGUUCGUUUCUGUUGUUGCAGUUGCGUUUUUUAUAUGCUUUUCGGUUUGUGGUUCGCCUGACCCGUCUAGUCUUCUGUUACGCUUAAUGCGCGCCUGCGGGGCUCGGAUACUAGCACUGCCACGACGAAGAAGACAAUAACAUCUACUCCGCCCACACGCACACCUCUCGUGUGCCUCCCCCAUUCAUAGUCAAAAGUGGGGAAAGGACUGGGGACGAGCAGCGAGGCGUGCUCUCUGAACUAGCGUUGUUGACAGCGUAAUAUGAAUUGGUCCUCAGUUCCCAGUCAAUUUAACUUUCUGAUCAAUAUUUGUUUUAGCUGGUAUGGAACCUCAUGGGACGAGACUCACUCUCAGGAUAACAGAUCCUUUGGAUCUUAACAGAGAUGUGUUGAAGGUACAGCUUCAACUUUUGUUUGCAUUAUUGGAUGCUAAAAUCUAAUUCUGAAAUCGCAUGAACGGGAAGCUGAGGUUUUAAGUUUUUCGUGGUGAUUUUCAAGGAAGAAUAUGACAAAAUUUUCCGAAAUGCUCUCGUCUUUUGUCUGCCGUAGGAUGGCUGUUUUAACGGAUUCCACCGUGAUCUUACGUCUAUCUUUAUUGCAGUCAGAAACGUGUGAAGUAUACAUGCCAUCAUUGGAUUUCCACAUCGCAGCCGGCACACUGGGUGGACGAUUCACGACAUUAGAGGGCCUUUUGUGUAAUAUCAAGGAUCAGGUAUGUGAUACUCAUCUUACAUAAAAUAUAUUUUGUAUCGCGCGUGAGAUCGGGGUACGGGUGAACACAACUGGACUAAAUGCUGAAGUAUUGCGUGUGUAAAUUAAUUAAUCAGCGGUUAAGCCGGUCUCCACGCAUCGUUUUCUACCAGUCAGAACUGAUCGUUCCAUUUGUUUUCCUCUUGUAACAGCUAAAGUCCCUGAAUCCUUUUGGCUUUGGAGACAGCCCGGCUGAAUUCAGUGCAAAGAUGAAAACAUUUAUCACCAACUUGGACAAGGUAAAAACUGUUAUUCCCCACACACACACCCCCCCCCUCUCCUAUCUCCUCUUCCUUUUCCCUUUCUUGUUGUUAUCUUAUCCCUUAACUCUUCAACUUCCAAGAUCUGAUCAUUAAUUCUCCCCUCUAGCUGCUAUACAUUUCCUUGUAAAUUUGUUACGAGAAUUUAGUGUUAGAUCAAGAUAGCAACUUCCACUUGAUAAGUUUGAAUAUUCUCAUUACCUAUUUGCUGGAUUAGGUAUGGAUAUUAGAAGGAGAAGUUACGUGUUAAUCACUUCCGGGAGCUGAAGGUUAUCCACCUUUCCCGCUUUACUGAUUUUGUUUUCUUACUGGUUCCUCGCUCUUUUCGUUCAUUUCCCUCUCCUUUCUAGUCUCCAGUCCUCUUCUCUCCUUCCUCCCCUUUUGCUUUUGCCUUUACUAACGUCACCAUCUUCUCGUUCGUUUCUUCUUUCCUGCCCAAGUCUUUUAUGGAGACUUCAUCAAUGCGUGCGUGCAUCAACUCUUUCCUGACUCUUUCUUUGUGUCUAUUUUAAGCCCGCUCUACUCAAUUUAUUGCGCAGGUAAUUAAUGGCGAGGAAAUGAAUGUUCUGAUCACACUGGAUGACCCGGCUGGAAACAGUUACAUUCAGGUAAUUUUUCUAAAGCCCAUGGAGUAAGUAAUAUAUUGUCCAUUUUUGAAAAUUUAGCCUCAGUCAGCAUAUUUAAGCGAGUAGAGGCAAGCACAAGGCGAACUCGAACGGCGAGUUACACGCGCGCGAGAGGGCUUUUCUUUUCGCGCUCGUACCAUUAGCGUGACCCGCCCUUUUCUUCGCUUCAUGCAAGUGGAAACAGUGCAAGGCGAACUCGAUAGGCGAGUGAUAAGCCAUGGAAGAAGCUUUUUUUUCACUUUGCGCUACUACCUUCGCCCUUAACACACACUUUCUCCGCCUAAAACAAGUGGAAGUAAACGCGAGGCGAACUUGCAAGGCGAGUCAUGCGCGAGAUGAGCGUGAGUGUGAGUUACGCGCAAGGGAACGAGUCUUUUUCUUCCCACGUCUUCCUUUGCGCCCGACUCGCACUGGCCUGUGCCUCAAAUAAGGGGAAGCAACUACGAGGUGAAGUCGAAAGGCAAGUUACUCACGUGCAGAGGUACUUUUUGCUCUCCGCGAUAUGUUUAGACUCAUAUCUUUGUUAGUUUUCAACAUCUAGCCCUAGAACUUGGCAGUAUUAUAACUUUUGCGGAGCUAUUUCCAUAAGUUAAUACGUAUUCCCACUGACUGGUCUCAAUCAAAUUGUGGGGAAAAAAGUCGUGGAAAACAGAAGUCUUUUGAUUUUAUCAUCAUGACUCAAGACAGAACCCUUUCCUCUUUACAGAAUUUGUAUGCUCCAGACCCAGACCCUGAACUGCAAAUUGUUCAUUACCCAAGAACAAAGGAACAAGAAGACGAUCUUGGAAUAUCAGACAUGAAAACAGAAGGAUAUGAGGAAGACAACCAAAGCUGAUAUUAAAGUUCUUGCAUUCCAGUUUUUCGAAGAUGAAAACUUCUCUGUCACAGUACGACUUCUAUUACAGGAGUUCUGUACUCAAAACUGACCAAUCAGUUUACAAGAAACAAGAGAUGAAUGGGCCCUGCCAUCUUUGUCAUCAUGCCUAUUUCGGUCCUAAGCACCAACUGGUAGGGUUUAUGGAAGCUUCUUCCCACUGCAAGUUCGCCCCCAUGACGAUGAGUUAGCCUCAUCAAAAUUAACAUGGUCGUCUCUACCACCACUCUCCGAGGUCGAGGCGAACUGGUUGAGAGCGAACCUGCAAUGGGACGAAACCUCCAAAUUCCACUGGAGAAGCUGAAUUUAACGCGCUUUUCGAUAGAGUGUCAUAAAAUAAAAACCAAAUUAAUAACAAUGGCCAAUCACUGGAAAACGAAAAUGCAUUUAAGAGCCAAUGAGAACUCAAGGUAAAAAUAAGCAAUCUGCCCAAAGCGCGGGAAAACGCGAGCGACCAAGUCAUGAUUGGUUUUAGUUUUGCACACCCAAUUGGUUGAGAAAGUGAUGCGAGUUUUCUAAACUAAUCACAGAGCGAAAUGAAGAAAAAACAAAGCAAUCCCAGAUUUCUUGCGGUACUCAAUGGAAAAUUGCUCUAGUCUGACUUAUGAUGUGAAUGGUCAGUCUUGUUUUCGUGACCGCAGUUAAAGUCGAGGCUCUGGAACUCUAAAGAUUUUGUGCUGGGCUUGUUUUAGAUUCUUCCUAAAUCACUCUGGUCUUAUAAUAUCGCCUGCUUCUAGAACAGAAAGAAUGUACUGAGGAGCGAUGUUGACAACUGAACAAUAGCUACAACAGUUAAAGGAGCAAAGGGGACACGUUUCUAAAGAAACUGUGGUACUGCGUCUGGGGAUAUCAUAACGUAAUCUGGUUUUAUCAACUGAGUUGUUAAUGUAAAUCGAUCACUAUAAACAAUGUCUAAAUCUGACGCUCUGAGUGUUCGCCCCUUUCGUAAUUCGCUCUGACGAAGGGUUUUUGCUCGAACCGUCAGCUUUAGGAAAACUUCAUGGUGGCCAGUUGAAGGAGUAGUCACGUGGUGUGCGCGAUGAAACAACUUCUUUUAUCUUAUAAAGUCAGAUAUUUUAAGAAAUUUUUCGUGUUACGUGUGAUGUCAUUUCCAGAUCCCAUAUAACGCUAAGGAAAUCCAGA